AUGCUCUUCUAUCCACAGAUGGAGGUGGACGCCGAGGAGAAGCGCCAUCGUACACGGUCCAAAGGGGUUCGAGUUCCCGUGGAACCAGCCAUACAAGAGCUCUUCAGUUGUCCCACACCCGGUUGUGACGGCAGUGGUCACGUCAGUGGCAAAUAUGCAAGACACAGAAGCGUAUAUGGCUGCCCCUUGGCUAAAAAAAGAAAAACACAGGAUAAGCAGCCCCAAGAACCUGCUCCGAAGCGGAAACCGUUUGCCGUGAAAGCCGACAGCUCCUCGGUGGAUGAGUGCUACGAGAGCGAGGGUUCAGAGGACGUGGACGAGAAGGAGGAGGACGAGGAGGAAGAGUUCUCGGAAGACGAGGACGAGCACAGGGAGGAGGAUGAGGAGGACGAGGAGGGGGACCGGGAGGAAGAGGAGGAGCUCGAGGAGGAGGAGGACGAUGACGACGAGGAUGGGGAGGACGUGGAGGACGAGGAGGAGGAUGAGGAGGAGGAGGACGACGACGACGACGAGGAGGAAGACAAUGAAGACCAUCAAAUGAGCUGUCACAAUACUCGAAUAAUGCAAGACGCGGAGAAGGACGACAACAACAACGAGGAGUAUGACAAUUACGAUGAGCUGGUGGCCAAGUCCUUGUUGAACCUCGGCAAGAUAGCCGAGGACGCGGCCUACCGGGCCAGGACGGAGUCGGAGAUGAACAGCAACACCUCCACCAGCCUGGAGGACGGCAGCGACCGGAACGAGACCCUGGGCCGGAAGAGCGAGCUGAGCCUGGACCUGGACAGCGACGUCGUGAGAGAGACGGUGGACUCCCUGAAGCUGCUGGCCCAAGGACACGGGGUGGUGCUCUCGGAGAACCUCAACGACAGAGCGUACGCAGACUCUCUGUCGCAGCAGGACGGCAGGAACAUGAACUACGUGAUGCUGGGGAAGCCCAUGAACAACGGGCUCAUGGACAAGAUGGUGGAGGAGAGCGACGAGGAGGUGUGUCUGAGCAGCCUGGAGUGCCUGAGGAAUCAGUGCUUCGAUCUGGCCCGGAAACUGAGUGAGACGAACCCGCAGGACAGGACCCAGCCGCAGAACAUGAACAUCCGUCAGCACGUCCGGCAAGAGGACGACUUCGCGGGGAGGACGCCGGACAGGAACUACUCCGACAUGAUGAACCUGAUGCGGCUCGAGGAGCAGCUGAGCCCCAGGUCUAGAACUUUCUCCAGCUGUGCAAAGGAGGACGGGUAUCACGAACGAGACGACGACGCCACCUCCGUGAACUCAGACAGGUCUGAGGAGGUGUUUGACAUGACCAAGGGAAACCUGACCCUCCUGGAGAAAGCCAUUGCUCUGGAAACAGAGAGAGCGAAGGCCAUGAGGGACAAGAUGGCGAUGGAGGCCGGAAGGCGGGACAAUGUGCGGUCGUACGAGGAGCAGUCACCAAGACAGCUUCCCGGGGAGGAGAGGAAGCCUAAGUCCAGUGACAGCCAUGUCAAAAAGCCAUACUAUGGUAAAGAUCCCUCGAGAGCAGAAAAGAAAGAGAGCAAGUGUCCCACCCCGGGGUGUGAUGGAACCGGCCACGUAACCGGGCUUUAUCCACAUCACCGCAGUCUGUCCGGAUGCCCGCACAAAGAUAGGGUCCCUCCGGAAACGGGCCCAGCGGGGCACCACCGGCCCCGGUUCCCCCACAAGGAAAGCGGGGAGCAGAAGGCCUCACCCCCUCCUCCCCGGGCUCAGCUCGGUGCCUGGCAAACUGAAGACGCUCCAUGUCUGCCAACCACCGUGGGCAGGUACCGGCUUGCCCGAGCGGAGAGCGGAGCCCAGAUCUCAGGCCCCAUCUGCCCGAAUCCCGAGCCUGUCCCUUUGCCCUGGGCCCGGCUUGCUGCUCCGGUCUCGGUCGGCGCGGACCGGCCACUCUGCGCCCUGAGGCGUGAGGACCGGCACUGA